UUUUUUUCUGUGACUACAUGGAGACCUUGGGUCAGCAAAUAAAUAACAGUGGCCAAGACCAAAUAAACAAAAAAGAUGAGGCUGUAAUUAGAAUGCUGGUGCCUAUUCUGGAUGGGCUGAUUCUGGUGACUGGACUCGUGGGCCAAACCUUGGUCAUCAUCAUCCUUACUGGAAGGAGGAAGAAAGAAAGUCAACCUCCCCAUGGUACAGACACCCUGCUGCUGGCUCUGAGUGCUGCUGACCUGCUGCUGCUACUCUGUCUGCCCUUCCAAACAUCUGCCAUCACCCUGGGCUUCUGGCCUUUUGGCAACUAUCUGUGCAAAGCCAUCAGCUUUCUAGGUGUAACUUGUUCAGCUGCCUCGGUGUUUACCCUGGCAGCUUUGGCAGUGACACGUUAUCUUACGGUAGUACACCCGACAUGGACCUACCGUUCGAGGAUGCACAGGCGCAUUAAGAUAACGGUGGCUUUGCUCUGGAUCCCUGCUUCUGCUCUGGCAGCACCACAGUUUGCCUUCCGCACAAUAACCAUGUCCAGCACAGUAUACUGCUUUGCCUUCCUGUCUGACUUCAGUCAGCUGGUCUACAGCAUCGCCCUCUUCCUAUUUGGUUUUGCUCUACCGCUAAGCAUCAUUGUACUGAUGUAUACCAAGAUCUACUAUUUUCUUCGACAUGCAAGAAGGAUAGGGAACGCUCCCCAACUGGAACGUUAUCAGCGCCAAGUCACUCAUACUUCAGCUCUUUUGGUCCUGGUCUUCACUCUGCUGUGGCUGCCCUCCUACGCCCUCAUGUUCUCCAUCAUUGGAGGAACUUUAAUCACUUUACCUGGAAAAAAUGCAUUUGCCCUUCUGGCCAGACUAUUGUCAUCCUCAGUAGCAGUGAUUAAUCCUGUGUUGUAUGGCUUCAUGUCUCAGAAGUUUAGACGAGAUUUAUUAGAACUAGGACGAGAACGCUGCACAUGGUGCAGAAACUGUCUGACUUGCUGUCCAUGUGGGAUGAGCAGAAACAUCGUGAGGCCUUUUGAACUGGACACAACAUCUGAGAGAGCUCAAAACUGACUCUUUAAUUAAUCAGAAGGAAUAAAAGUGUUACAUCAUUAUCAUGUUUUUAUAUGGGAAACAUGUAAUUAUAUAUUUUUCCCAGUUAAAACAAAUGUAAGAUUACAUCUGAAAUACUCAAAGUGAUGUCAAAUGUAAAAUGCUGCUUUUUAGUAAAAUGUGAGGUGAUUUAUUGUAGAUGGCAUUCACCAACAUUUAUAACUUCUUAAGUGAUUAUUGUAUGGAUCAGCACAAAGUUGCAAAACACUAACAGUAUGAUGAUAUACUUGUAAUUAUACUGAAAGCUGAUGAAUGAUCGUUUAUAUUUAGAGUGUUCCUCCACAACUUA